AUGAGUUGUAAUAGCAGUCAAUCAACCGUGGAGAACCCCAAGGGGUCUGGGGAUACUAGUGUUAAUGUACUAGCUAUAGAUUCUGAAGAACAGAAAUCUAAGGAGACUUCUACGAACCCAUCGGUUCACCAACAGGAGGGAGAAAUUGAUUUGUCUACUUCAGAUGCCCUAGAAUCAGUUAAUGAGGAGAAACGACAACGAACUUUGUCGCAAAAAGCAAUUCACAAUGCAAUACAAAAUAAAAGCACUGAACUAAAUAAAGCAGCAAAAUCAUUAUAUAUGUCAUCAGAUACUGUCUUGACCGCAUUGGAGAAAAAUAUUACGGAUAAAGAGAUAGAAACUGUCCUUGCACCAUUACAACAAGCUUACACCAAGUACCAAGUAAUACUCAAAGACAUUGAGACACUUUCUGAACAAGCCAAGUGGGGUGAAGCCCGUACCCAUAUUACUGAAGUAACAGAAUAUGCCCAAACCGCUUUAAAAUAUGCUUCUACCGCAAUGAACAAAGCAAAAAGCCAACAAAGUCGCCUUGCCACCAAAACAGGUUCGACCAGUUCUAAACGUACACGCAGCACCAAGUCAUCCCGCACAUCUGCAACCUCCAGUAACGUCUUGGAGGUGGGCAUUAGCCGAGGCUGCCGCAGCCCAGAAGCAAGCUGAAUUCGAGCAAUUAAUGGCCGAAAAAGAAAGUGAGAAAAAGCAACGCGAAGCCGAACAAGAAUUCCAUCGGGAACAAAUGCGUGCGCAACAUGAACGGGACAUGGCAAUAUUAGCGGCAGAGAAAAGAAAAGCAGUAGCAGACGCUAAGCUAAAAGCCAUAGAACAGUCUAUUCGUGAAGAAGACACAACUUCCAUUCUAGCAGAGCGGUUAGGGGUCGAAGAUGCUAGAUCACGAACCCAGUCGUGGGUCAACACACAACAUCAACCAAACAACCCCGAGCAAGACCAAAAUGACAGACCUUCCCCACCCACCAAUGAACACACCGGAGAACCACCACCACUUAGUAACACACCAGCUGAAGAAAAACGAGAUGGUGUCGCAAAGGAUCAAUUCCAGUCGUUUAUCCCUAGGGGCUUUGCAGGAAAUCAACCUAUAUAUAAACCGCUGACCACACACCCGGAAGUUGUCAUUGCGAACCAGUGUAUCGAAGGAAUAGCACAAACCAACCGACAGAUAGUAGCCAGUCUAGCCAGACAGAAUUUACCGAAAUGCCACCCUGAUGUGUUCGACGGCGACGCCACCUUGUUCCACCCUUGGAAAGGGUCGUUCCAAGCAAUGACCCAAGACGCAAAUCUAAGCCCUUCCCAGGAGAUUGCUUACCUACGGAACUACACGAAGGGAAAUGCUCAGGAUCUGGUCAACCACUUCAGGAAGAGACAACAAGAUGACCCCACAGUCACCUUACGCGAACUCUGGAAAGAGUUGGAACGACGGUUUGGGAACACUGCCAUUUUGACUGACGCGCUCCUCCAGAGACUGAAAGAUUCCGCCAAAUUCACCGCUCGAGACAAGACAAAGUUACAAGCAUUCGCCGACGUCUGUGACGAUGUCGACAACCAAAUGAUCACCUUAUCGGGACUAGCCUGCCUCAACUACCCGAACGCUAUAAAGCCCAUUGUCGACAACCUGCCUAGUUUCCUUAGGUUCAAAUGGGAGAAAGAAGUGGUCGAGUACGCGGAAGAGAACAACGACCUCUAUCCCACAUUCCACCAGUUCUCGGUAAUGAUUCAGAAGCAAGCUAGAUUGAAAAAUCAUCCGAACGUGGUAGCUAGUGAACACCUAAACCCCAACGAUCCACGACUCAGAGAUCCAAAGAGAGAAAGACCGAAAGACAAUCGUGUGUUCAAAGCAAGAGCGGAGGACAUCAACGAUGAUAAAGAGUUUGGCGUUGACAAUAAGAACGAAAGGUUCUGUUCAUUUCACGAAAGAAAGGGACACGAACUCAGUGAGUGUAAAGCCUUUAGUAAAAAGACUUUGGAAGAACGAACUGAUUGGAUUAAGAAAGCCGGUCUCUGUUUCCGAUGCCUGGUCGGGAAACAUCGAGCGAAGCAAUGUAAGGAAAACGUGAAAUGUGGGAAGUGUAAGAGCGAACGACAUCCAACAAUAUUACACAAAGAUAAGGUCGAGAAGCAAGAAAACGAGGAGAGAAAUAACGGCGAGGAGCGAGUUAACGAAGAUUUACAAUCGCGAUGCACUUCUGUCUGUCAGGGGAGAUCAGGAGGACUAUCUUGCAGUAAGAUCCUGCUCGUAGACGUGUAUGCAGAAGACAGAUCAGAAAACGCUCACCGGGUGUAUGCUAUAAUGGAUGAUCAAAGUAAUGCAUCAAUGAUAAGCCCAGAACUAGCAGACUUGUUAGAUAUCGAUAGCCCAAAGCAAAAAUACCUUCUUACGACAUGUAGUGGUGCUAAAGAAACAAAGUACGGUCGGAGAGUAUCCGGGCUAUUCGUGAAGUCGAUGGGUGGCAGAAUCGCUAAGUUACCUAACCUCAUUGAGUGUGAACACGUACCACAGGACAAGACCGAGAUUCCCACUCCAACCACGACAAAGCACUACCCCCACCUCGACGAAGUAAGUAAAGAAAUCCCACCGUUAGACCAGGAAGCCAAGAUCGGUAUCCUCAUUGGCCGAGAUGCCCCAGAGUUGUUGAAAGUCAGGGCUUUCAAAAAUGGUCCCAAAGGUGCACCUUGGGCACAAAAGCUUGCGCUAGGAUGGACGGUGUCUGGGCAAAUGUGUCUUGACAGAGUUGGAGGACCAGUACACAUCUCAACCCGUAGUACAGUCAUACAGCUUUCACCACCUACACCCGUCAUCGAAUCCAGGAUACAGCACGAAGAAGGUGCCCACGCCAACCUCGAAACCCACCCAGGAUUUCGAACAGUAACGUGUCCAAACUACUUUGAAGUUAAAGACGAGAUCAAGGAACAUUCAGAGAAAACGAAGAGCGACGUUUACAGAACUACUCCGGAAGACAAUGAAAUCGGCUUGUCUUGGGAAGACCGCCAGUUCCUUCAUAUUAUGGAGAAAGGGAUUCACAAAAAUGAAUAUGGCAAUUGGGAGAUGCCGCUACCCUUCCGCUCUCCGAACGUGACGAUGCCAAACAACCGGGAGCAAGCUAUGAGUCGCCUGCAGAGUUUGCUGCGUACCUUCAAAAGAAAGCCCCAGAUGGAGAAAGAUUAUUUGGAGUUUCUCGGAAAAGUAAUCAAACGCGGACAUGCCGUUCCGGUCCAACGAAGCGACGUCUCUACGGAACAAGAAGGCAAAUCCACAAGCCCGGAGGAGAAAGCGAGU